AGCUUCAGCUGUCAGUCCUCAGGACACCACAUGGUAACACGUUCUGCGGGAUUCUAAAGGUUCUACACCUAAAAAUGGAAUCUGUGCUACUCUUUUUUCUCAUUGCAUUACUCCAAGUGAUCGGUACAUGCACCCUGAAGGCAAAACAGGAGUAUGCCCAAAUGGGGCAGAUGGUAAUGCUGCGGUGUAACUAUGAUGGUAAUGUGAUCUGGACCACAGACACCACUGAAGAGACCAUUCUGACCAACAUGCCACCGGAUCAGCAGAGACAGAUGGGUUUGGUGAUACAUGGGAGGAACCUUGUUAUUCUGAACGUUUCUCUAAGCCAUCAAGGGAAUUACUCAUGUUCUAUGGGGAAUGCCAGCAGGACCUUCUUGUUCAGGCUGACAAUACACACAACACAGAUGAGUAAGACAUGCUACAGCCAUGAAUCCUGCAAGCUGAAGUGUCGUGAUCCUCGUAUCCCUCCUGCAAUGAACAUUACCAUGAAUGGCACUUUAUGGAACAAGGAGGAUGGGUCAUUACCAGAUUCACUUGGAGACUAUUACUAUUUUCAGAGAGCAGAAGAUAAAGAUCGUGGCAUGUACACAUGUACCAGGUCUUACCUUUAUCAAAGUCAAAAAUAUAAGAUGACCUUUACAACAGUACUGGAUAUCAAACCUGGUCAACAAUGGAAAACCCCAGCGAUUAUUACACCGAAUGCACGUGAUGUAUUUUAUGUAGAUUUUGGGUCAAUGCUGAUUAUUGAUUGUAAAGCUGUUAUGUACUCACCGCUUGAUUUAGUAUAUUGGUUAAGUGGGAAAUCAUUUGUGGAAACAAAUGACAGCCUACGAGUGUACUACAAGAAUACAAGCAAUAAACAUAAUGAUGAGAUAAGGAUGACAGCAUCCCUUGUCAUCAGAAAAGUGUCAGAAGAGGACUUAUCAAACGUAUACACCUGUAAACUGGAAUCUACCUCCAUUUCACAGUCCAGUUGUUCGUGUAAUGUCACCGUGACCCUUGUCAAAAAAGCUCAUCCCUCCUUCUUCUUGAUGGCUCUCUGCAUUGUGUGCAUCACACUGGUGCUGGGUGUAACACUCGUUAUUUAUGUGACGCUUAAAAUUGACAUUGCUCUUUUUCUACGAGACACUGUUGCUUUCUGCCGCACCAGAUCAGAUGGGAAAUGCUAUGAUGCCUUCUUGAUGUGUUAUGAGAGCAACACCAAAGCAGGACUGAUGGAAGAUGACAGAAAAUAUUUAGAGACGGCUUUGGAAGAAGAGUUUGGUUACAAUCUUUGUAUCUAUGAUCGCGAUGUCCUACCAGGCAAAGCUGCAGCAGAGGCGAUGUUAGAGUGCAUAGAGCAGAGCCGUACAGUGGUUUUAGUUCCAACCUACCCACAUCCUGACCUUGAGUCUGGCCUACUGAGUGCUAUCCAUGAAGCCCUAGUGGAGAGGAAGACUCACUUGGUUUUCAUCAAAACAACAGGAACACCCAGUCCUGGUUCAUUACCAGAGGCCUUACAACUCCUCCUGAAGUCCGGUCACUGUGUCACCUGGAAGGGUGCCGUGUCUCAGCCGCUGUCCUCCUCCUUCUGGAAACACCUCCGCUAUCACCUACCUGCCCCACAAAGUGCAUCAAAAAAAUACUGCUAUUCUCACCAACUAAUAUCAAAGUGAUAAAUCAUGCCCAUGUCUGCUCUGUGUGUGAUUCGCAAUGUACUGAUUUUAGGUUAUAUCUUUGUUCAAUAGGGCAGCGCAGUCUCGUUUGAACCCUGCGUGAUAUUGCGGGAUUUGACCACUUAUGGUGGCAGCCGCUCCCGUUGUGCAAUAUAUACACAGCAUAACUUCACACGGAUAAAUGAUGUACUGUUUUGCUUUCGGCUACAAUCACCGAAGCAACCGCGAAAAGUUUUUUUUUCCGGUUCCCAGUGGAGAAGGGAAGAUGAGGCACAUGUGAGAGGUCGUGUUGGUGUUAGCCUACACAGCUAACCAGACUAGCUGCGUUCUCUCGCCUGCAAAACCGCCUCAACGUUUGUGCUCCGGGUCUGAAGAUUAUAACUGCAUUUUCUGCUCCUAAUUCUUGUGCUUAUAUUUCAGAAAGAACCAGAAUAAAUCAUCCUGUCUGUAUGAUUAAAAUGUAUAUGUUUUUGACCUGAUUCUGUUAUGUUGACGUUUGAGUCACGCUAUGAAGUUUCUGCCAUAAUCCUAAAACUACUGUCUUAUGAUCAUAUUGUGUUCGUGUAUGCUUGCACUGUCCAGUUGAACGUGUUUAGACUCAUAUUAGUAUAAUAUCCACUGUAUUAGAUUUAGGGCUUCUUUGUAAGAGCACAUUAUGUGCUGAAGACAUUGUACUCAUUAUUCUACUUUGGACUAAUUGUGGGAAUAGUGUAACUGCUUAUGCGGCCUGUUUGGUAUCAGUGGAAUGUCUAGACAAGAUGUACCCCGUCUAUAUUGUUGCUGUGAAACUAAGUGUUGAACCGCAGGCACACCUGUGCACACUAGCCUGCUGACAU